ACUUCCGAUCUCUUCCGCCGGGCGGAAGCGGGCGAAGAGGGGAGGAAAAACAGCGCUCCCUUCCGGUGUAAGGGCACAGUUGAAGAAGCAACGAAGGAUCGAGGAGUGUUUCGUGAGAAUGACACGGCACGGCAAGAACUGCACUGCAGGGGCUGUCUACACCUACCACGAGAAGAAGAAGGACACAGCGGCCUCAAGCUAUGGUACCCAGAACAUUCGACUGAGCCGGGAUGCUGUCAAGGACUUUGACUGCUGCUGCCUGUCUCUGCAGCCCUGCCAUGACCCCGUUGUCACCCCAGAUGGCUACCUGUAUGAACGUGAGGCGAUCCUGGAAUACAUUUUGCACCAGAAAAAGGAGAUCGCCCGGCAGAUGAAGGCCUAUGAGAAGCAGCGAGGCGCCCGGCGUGAGGAGCAGAAAGAGCUGCAGCGGGCAGCGGCGCAGGACCAGGUGCGGGGCUUCCUGGAGAAGGAGGCGGCCAUCGUGAGCCGACCGCUCAACCCCUUCACAACCAAGGCCUCCUCAGGGCCUGGCCCAGACGAUGCCCGACCCGGGCCAAGCGCCGGCCCCACAGGCAAGGACGAGGACAAGGCACUGCCCAGCUUCUGGAUCCCGUCACUCACGCCGGAGGCCAAGGCCACCAAGCUGGAGAAGCCGUCGCGCACGGUGACCUGCCCCAUGUCGGGGAAGCCGCUGCGCAUGUCGGACCUGACGCCCGUGCGUUUCACGCCACUCGACGGCUCCGUGGACCGCGUGGGGCUCAUCACACGCAGCGAACGCUACGUGUGCGCCGUGACCCGCGACAGCCUGAGCAACGCCACGCCGUGCGCCGUGCUGCGGCCCUCUGGGGCCGUGGUCACUGUCGAGUGCGUAGAGAAGCUAAUUAGAAAGGACAUGGUGGACCCCGUGAAUGGGGAGAAGCUCACCGACCGCGAUAUCAUCGUGCUGCAGCGGGGCGGCACAGGCUUCGCGGGCUCCGGAGUGAAGCUGCAUGCCGAGAAGUCGAGGCCGGUAAUGCAGGCCUGAGUGCGCGGGACACCAAUAAACGGGCUUGGACGUGA